AUGGAUCGCUCCAGGUCCGAUUCUGUGGACAGACAGAGUUCGCUGGUGGAGUGUGGGUUGGAAUCCAGCUGGAUGAUCCAGUUGGAAGGACCCGGUCACCUCUUCCCCUGCACUCUUUUCCGAGGCUGCUCGAAACUUGCUUGUCAUGAGUUGUCACUUUCCAGGAAUGACGGAACGGUGAAAGAUGUGGCAUACUUCACGUGCCCACCAAAUCAUGGAAUAUUUGUACGUCCAGCUCAAGUUACACUUACUCCGAUGGCAUCGGGGAGAGUGUCCACCUCAUCGCCGGCGAGCCCCACCGCUAAAGCCGCCAGCCCCUCUCCUGUCUCUCCUGCCUCCCCGAGUCGCCAAUCUGCCAAACUGCAGGCUCCUCCGUCUCCUAAGCUAGCAGAGGCCGAAUUAAAGCCCGAUGUCAAACCCGAGGCCAAGGCCGCGGCAAAGACAGAGGCCAGGCCAGAAACCAAAGCAGCGGAUGCGGAGGUGAAGGAGCAGCCGGCCAGCCCUGCAAGCCCGAAGCCAGCCGCGCCUGCAGCCGCCGUGCCCGCAGCCGCCGCGCCCGGAGCUGCGGUGCCUGCAGCCUCCGUGCCUGCAGCCACUGCACCUACAGCCCCCGCGCCAACAGCCACCGCGUCCACUCCGGCCGCCGCCACCACCCCACCUGCAGCCGGCGCGGCGGCGGCCGCCGCGCCUGCAAGAUCCACAGGAGCCGCGCCCGCAGGAGCCGCGCCCGCAGGCCCCGCGCCGCAGGAGCCGCGCCCGCAGGAGCGCCAGCAGGCGCCGCGCCCACAGGCGGCGUGCCCGCAGGAGCUGUGCCCGCAGCACCCGUGCCCGCCGCAGCUGCGCCCGCAGCCGCUACGGCUGCAGCCACUGUGCCCGCAGCCGCUGUGCCCGCAGUCGCUGUGCCCGCAGCCGCUGUACCUGCAGCCGCCUCAGCAACAGCUGCGCGGGCAGACGUCCCUGCCGAUGACGGAUACUUUCAGCCCUCCAGCCAGAUCGGCGACCGCAGAGAAAGCUCUUGCUGCGGCAGAGGCGGCCAAAGAAGCAGAGGCCCGUGCGAUCAAGCUGACGUCGCAACUUGAAGAAGAGGCUGUGGACUUGCAGGCCAAACUGUCAACAGCCACGGCUGAGUUGGACGAGGUCAGAAGCAAGAGCGAAGGUGCGAGGGAGCAGGCCGAACAGGCAGAAGCGGAGCUAGAAAGGGCCAAAGCCGCAGCAGCCGCGGCGGCUGCGGCGGCCAAAGCCGCGCAAGAAAGGAAGGCGGCUGAGAUCCGGCUUCAGGCGGAGGAAGCGGCCAAGAGCCAGGGCACCCUCGAGAAGGAGCGUGCGGCCUUCGAGGCGGAAUCCCUCUCAGCUUUACCACAGGACGAUGGCACAGAAGUACCCGAUCCUGAACAGCUCACUGAGGUGGCCUCUGGCUCUGGAAGCUUGCGGGCAGUCGUCGAGCGUUUGCAGGAGCAACUUGCAAAGGAGCUGAAGGAGAAGGAGCUGCUGGACAUCGAGGCUGAGGAGAUCACUUUGAAGUUGGAGGAAGUCAACGACACAACGGAGUGGGCAGCAGACAAUGCCGUCUGGACCGAGCAGGUCCAAGUCGAUUGGCACCGCGAGGCCCUGUGGAACUACUACAAGAAUCACAGGGCCGAAGUGGUCCGACUCAGGCAUCGCGCUGCAGCCCUUGAGCGCGCCCAGCUACAAGCACAGCAGCUGCAAGCUAAGUCCAUGGUGACGGAGGACGUUUCCAUGCUGAAGCGAGCUGUGGAGCAGCUGACCGUGCAGAAUGAUGGCUUGGCAUCUGCUUUGGCCUCGAAGAAGCAGCUGGUCGAGGAGCAGAGGUCGUUGCAGAAGACAAGCCUUGAGAUGCUUGAGACGCAGCAAGAUCUCGAAGUUCAGCUUUCAGAAGAGCUGCUAACAUUAAAGGGCCGUGAGGAGCAGCUGGAAGAAUUGGCUUUGCAGCUCUGUCGCAUUCGGAGGCAGAUGCAGGGCCAACGCCUGGCCAACAGCGCGGAGGUUGCCCGGCUGGAGACCCGGCUGCAGAUGCUCCGGUCUGCUGGAAAGGGCGAGGGCGCAGGAGCUUCACCCGCAGCAAUUGAGGCAGAGACGCUUGAGGUGUCCGUGGAUUGCCGUGGAGCAAUUGCCGAUGCAGAAGCCUGGAUGUCUUGCUUACCCGGCCAGGUCCGUGAUGAUGCGGAGCUCGGGGUUACCUUUCAUUCGCUCUGUGCUCUCCAUCGCUGCUUCCGCAAGGCAUGCAUCUUGAGCCGAAGCAUCCACGAGCACUUCAUAGCGGAUGCAGCAUUGGCGGUUCUGCAGGAUGCUGCAUCCAUGAGUUGGCUCUGCUCCGUGAGCCUGGCUGCCAGCCAAUUGGCAUAUGCCGCCUUGGGGGUGCUCGGCUGCCUGUACACCACUGAUGUGGAGAGGUACUGCUGGCUGGUGCGCAACGCCGCGUUUACGAGCUGUGCCGGAGAAGCCUCGCUGGACGCGGCGCUGGCCUCGCUGUUGCAGACCUUCCGCAGCCCUGCGAGGGCGGCGAGGGCUGCGAGGGCUGCAAGGGAGGAGAGGGAGGAGAGGGCCGCGAGGGAGGCGGAGGUGGCUGCCUUGAGGGCCCAUGGGGCCCAGCUACUGUCACUGCAGAAGUCUCUGUUCAAGGACCAGCAGUUUGCAUCCUGGCAGCGAGCAAGCUGCGCAGUGGAAGCCCUGCGAAUCGCCUGUGCCUCUGCACUCUAUGCAUCUGCAGAUGCAGGUGGAUCACACCGAAAGCGGUGGCAAGCACUUUAUGACCAGGCAAACCGCCUCUGCAACCGAUUGCAUGAAACUCCAGAUGAUGCGGAGCUUCUCGCCAUUGGGCCCUGUGAAGAGCAACUGCCCAAACGCCGCGACAGCGAGGGCACGGAUGAUGAGGAAGACGAAGAUGAGGAUGAGGAGCCGGAGGAGGAGCAUGCAGAACAACGUCAGCAGACAGCCGCUCAACAUGGACAUCUCACUCAGUUACUGCUAGACGGGCUGCUGAGGCAAGCGCUGGCGCUGUAUCCACAACACGAGGCCACAAUGGAUGUCGAUACACUAGAGAGAACCUUCAGCCACGCUGAGACACAGCUGGAUCAGCUGUCAGACAUAUUCUCCGAAGUGGCCACGAGUACCAGCAGAGCUUGCGAGGCCAAGUCCAAGGAACGGCCAUGGGAAAGAGUAAGGCUGAGGAAGCGGAGCAGCUUGGAGGUAGCAGAGCAGGCGGCCCAACCUGCACUCGAGCAAGCCACAAAAGGGCUUCUGAAGGUCCAGGACUCGCUUGAGAGGGUGGGGGAACGCCUGGCCAAGGCCAAGCAGGAGAUGCAGGAAGCAGAGCGGCAGUUUGGUGCUGCACGAAUCCAAUCUGAGAGGCGAGCCUUGAUGCUGGCAAGCGUUGUGCAGAUGCAGAAGCAAGCCAAGGCGGGAACACACGCAUGCUCGCUCCUCGAGGAGGAGUUGAGCAAGCAAACACAAGAGUGUAAUCAGAUGGAAGACACGAUGGCAGAAGCAAAGGCAAGAUGCCGAGAGCUCCAUCAUCGCCUCAACGAGCUGGAGCGGCGCAUCAUGCGGCGCUACUGUAACGACGUCUCACCUGAGGAGGUGCUGGCACUGCGGCGUGCGGUCGCUCGACAACAUGCUGAGAUCCGGGAGCUUCAGCUGAGUCAGCAUCGGCAUCGAGACGGCUUCCGGCUGCGGUGCAGCAGCGGCCCUGUACAAACAUUCGAGUCAUGCGAGGGUUUCGAAGAACAUGUUGGCAGCUUGUGGGAGGAGCUGCAAGCAUUCAGAGAAGGCUUGCUGCAUGAGCACAUUCGGCCCAAAAUUGUGAUGCUUGAUGAGCCGGAGCCUGAAGCUGCACCGGACUCGCAGAAGGCGCGGCUGCGCGGCUUAGGCCAAGACAUGAAGGCCUUACGGGAACGCAUCACGGACUGCGCCAAGCAGUCAUCGCCCUCACCAGCACAAGGGCCCCACACGUACGACUCCGUUGCUCUGACACGUUUCCUCCGUGCCACAUCUGCAAAGUGUCCAGCAAGCACUGUCUCGGUACCCUGUGAAGCCAAUUUCUCACUCCCUGUGUUAAUGGACGAAGCUAGCCUGGCCGCUCUUCAUGCAGCCAUGCUACCUACACGCCGAAUCGGCCGUCGUUAA